UCGUUAUGCGGCCGGACCUAACCCGAAUUCUAGUGGGCCAGCCCCUGCGUGUGAAUCAGAACCGAUGAAUCCAACCGGCUUGCCUUCCUACGCAGCGGCUACUCAGCACAUGCAUUCCACCAGUGGUCACAACGCUCCAAAUCCCUAUUACUACGGCUACGCUCCCACGUAA